AUGCAGACCGAUACUCAGUUCACCUCGGCCGCGAUGAAGAGGACCAGCGACUGGAUCCGUUCGCAAGAAUUCCCGAGCGAUAUUACCAUCCAAGUCGGGGAGAGCAGCUUCAACUUGCACAAGCUCCCACUGGCGUCUAAAUGCGGCUACAUAAGGAAGCUGGUGUCGGGGGCCAACGGGUCGAGGGUCACCCACCUCGAGAUCGCGGGCAUGCCCGGCGACGCCAAGGCGUUCGACCUCGUCAUCAAGUUCUGCUACGGCGUCAACUUCGAGAUCACCGCCGACAACGUCGCCAUGCUGCGCUGCGCCGCCGAGCACCUGGAGAUGACCGAGGAGUGCAAGCCCGGUAACCUCGUCGGCCGGACCGAGGCCUACCUGGAGGAGGUUGCGCUGGCGAGCCUCGAGGGCGCGGUCACCGCGCUCCGCAGGGCCGAGGAGCUCCUCCCGGCGUCCGACAAGGUGCAGCUCAUUGGCAGGUGCAUCGACGUCAUCGCGACCAUGACCUGCGGCGACGGCGGCCAUGAGGGGCUGGACGACGUGGACGCGCCACCGAAGCCUGUCGAUGACUGGUGGGCCGACGAGCUGACGGCGCUGAGGAUCGAUACUUUCCAGAGGGUCAUGAUCGCCAUGAAGGCCAGGGGGUUCAAGGGCAUCGCCAUGGGGACGAUGAUCAUGCUCUACGCUCAGAAGUCCCUUCGAAGACUGGACAUGAACGGGAGGGAGCGGAAGAAGAUGGAGCCGAGGCAGGAGCACGAGAAGCGGGUGGUGCUGGAGACGAUCGUGAGCCUCCUGCCGAGGGAGAAGAACACCAUGUCGGUGAGCUUCCUGUCGAUGCUGCUCCGGGCGGCGAUCUACCUCGACACGUCGCUGGCGUGCCGGCUCGACCUGGAGACGCGGAUGGCCGCGCAGCUCGGCCAGGCCGUGCUCGACGACCUGCUCAUCCCGUCCUCCUCGCCCGAGGGCGCCGGCACGGCCUACGACGUCGACGCGUUGCAGAGGAUCCUCGCCGGCUACCUCGAGAACGAGGGCGAGGCGACGCGCCUGGACUACAACACGGACGACGACUUCGCCUCGGCGGCGUCGCCGCCCAACGACGUCGGCCCCGUCGGCAAGCUCAUGGAGAGCUAUCUCGCCGAGAUCUCCUCGGACGUGAACCUGCCCGUUGACAAGUUCACCGGCCUCGCCGAGCUCAUCCCGGAGCGCGCCCGGUUCAACGAGGACGGCAUGUACCGCGCCAUCGACAUCUACCUCAAGGCGCAUCCGUCGGUGGGCGAGGGCGAGAGGACGAAGGUGUGCGGCGUGAUGGACUGCCAGAAGCUGUCGCGGGAGGCGUGCGCGCACGCGGCGCAGAACGACCGGCUGCCGGUGCAGACGGUGGUGCAGGUGCUGUACCACGAGCAGCGGCGCCUCCGCGUGCCGCCGCCCUCGCAGGCGCAGUCGUACGCCGGGGGGGAGUCGCCGGCGCUGUCGUACAGGCCGACGCCGAGCUUCAACGGGCGGGACCGGAGCGCGCCGUCCAGCGAGGUGUCGCGGCUGCAGCGGGAGAACGACGAGCUGAGGAUGGAGCUGAUGCAGAUGAAGAUGCGCCUGAGGGACCCGUCGGUGGCGGCGCCGGCCCCGGCGCCGACGCUCGCGGCGGGGGGCACCCGGAGCUUCCCGUCGUCGGGGAAGCCGCCACUGCCGAAGAAGCAGGGCGGCAGCGGCGGAGGAGGCGGCGGCGGGUUCAUGAAGAAGCUCGGGCGGCUCAACCCGUUCGUGCGCGACCCUCUGGCCGGCGGCAAGGUCCGCACGAAGCCGCCCAAGGAUCGCAGGCACUCCAUUUCUUGA